UUAACUUACUAGCUACGUAGCUAGGAUGGAGAAUGUACGGCAGUAAGCAGUUAGCAAAUGUGACAAGAUAAAUAUAUUUUAAACAGCGUUUAUGAACAUUAAGCUGGUGGUUACAAAUUAUAUCUCUUUACGAGAGGCGCCCACGGCUGGAGACAAGAAUGGAUCCAGCCCUGUUGAGAGAGCGAGAGCUCUUCAAGAAAAGAGCCCUCGCCUUACCGACGAUUGAGAAGAGGUCCGCUCCCUCUGAAUCUUCCUCCUCCUCUUCCUCGAAGAAGAAGAAGCCCAAAACAGACCGUGAUGGAUCUGGAGGCUCCAAGCAUGGUGGAGACUCCAGCAAUGGCUCGUUUAACCUGAAGGCUCUGUCGGGAAGCUCCGGGUACAGGUUUGGUGUCCUGGCUAAAAUCGUGAACUACAUGAAGACCCGGCACCAGCACGGGGACACACACCACCUGACCCUGGAGGAGAUCCUGGACGAGACCAAGCUGCUGGACAUCGGGCUCAAGCAGAAACAGUGGCUUAUGAACGAGGCCCUGGCCAGUAACCCAAAGAUAGAGGUUCGGGACGGGAAGUACGCCUUCAAGCCCAAAUACAACCUGAAGGACAAGAAAGCCCUGCUGAGGCUUUUGGACAAACACGACCAGCUGGGCCUGGGAGGGGUGCUGCUGGACGAUGUGGAGGAGGGCCUGCCCAAUGCGCAGAAGGCCAUUAAGGUUCUAGGCGACCAGAUCAUUUUUGUGACCAGACCAGACAAGAAGAAGAUUCUUUUCUACAACGACAAGCACUGCCAGUUUUUGGUGGAUGAAGAGUUCCAGAAGCUGUGGCGAAGCAUUCCAGUGGACUCCAUGGACGAUGAGAAGAUCGAGGACUACCUGAAGAGACAGGGCAUCUCCUCCAUGCAGGAGACCGGACCAAGGAGGCUGGCGCCCAUCCAGGAGCGGAGGAGGCCGGGGUCUCAGAAGAGGAGGCGCUUCAAGACGCACAACGACCAUCUGGCCGGCGUGCUGGAGGACUACUCCGAGGGCGUUCCCGCCAAGAAGUGACCGCGCGCUCCCACCUCCGGCCACCAGGGGGAGCCGUGCAUCGCUGUACGGAAGAGCGCGGGGGCGGGAGAGGCAGCGUCCCUCCGAGCGCCUCGGUCUCGGACCUGAUUGGACGUCUACUUUGCCAAAAAAAGAGAGAUCAGAUUUAAAGGGCACUGCUGUGUGUUAUACUGUAAAGCUCGGUUCAGCAAUGUUCAAAUGUGAAUCUGUGUAAAUAUCUUUUUUUUUUUUUCUUCAGUGCCAGCGCGUUACAAGAUGGGAUGGGCGGUUCCGGUUGAGCUCAAAUGUUACUGAACGCUUCUCCCUCCUCCGCACCGUGUCGGCCAUCUUGUCUGUAUUAUCGGAGCGCUAACUAAUGCUGGACAUUUUACCAGAACUCCUGGGAAGGACGAUUAAAAUAGGUGUGGUUUUUUUUUUUUUAAUGUUUUAUUUUCAGUGAGUAUCGCAUGCCCUGUGCAGUGGCCCAUGGCUUUACUUUCCUGUGGGCAGUGGGGUUCAACAGCGAAUAAAAAAAAUUAAAA